AUGUCAAAUUAUUUCCCCAUUUUUCUCUUUUUCACAACGGUGGCCCUCACCACCCCCGCCACCAUCUCCACCGAUCUCCACCACCUCUCACCCGCUCUUUCCCCAUUACCACCACCACCAACCACCGUACCAGCACCACCAGAAUACAUGCAACAACAACAACUAAAGAACAUACUCGACGCGCUAAUCGGGUCAGGAGACUUCACAUCAUGGCUAAACCUUCUGUUGAACCCCACAAACGCAAACACAACCACCACCAUUCCAAGCAGCGCCACCAUUUUCCUCCCGGGAAACGACGCGAUUUCAUCCUCGGCCGCGUCGUCGUUGAUUUUCGACCCGUUCGUAAUCCCGUACCAUAUCCUCCCUCACCAUUUCACAUUCUCAGACCUCCAAUUAUUCAAAACCCAAACAAGAAUUCCCACUUUACUCCCCUCUAAAACCAUCAUUAUCACAAACAACUCCCCUCAUCAUUUCACCAUUGAUGAUUCUUUAAUCAUCCAUCCUGAUCUUUAUUCAAACGACAUCGUUUCUGUCCAUGGCAUUGACUCCAUUCUUGAUUACACUGUUUACGGUGACGCUGCUCAGAAUCCGGCCGUCAAUCUUUCUCCUCCCCCGCCACCGCCGCCGUCCUUGUUGCGGGUGGACGAAACCCCUUCUCCGGCCACUCCAGUUGUAAGCUCUUCAAGUAAUGGCGGUUGUAUUGUUUCUCGACCUGGUUUCUUGAUGCACUUUCUUGUUACAUUUUUCUGUCUUUUUAGUUUUGGAAUUUACUGA